GUUUGGCGUUCCUUGGGCUAAGGCUCGGUCCCUCCCCAUUCCAGGGCUGUAGUCUGUUCACCCGGAUCACACUGAAACUCGGCCCAUUUCUCAGUAAAGUUCCAGUAAAAUUCCUGAGGGCGCAAAUGACCAGCCCCGCAGUUGCGCCGUGCCCGAGUGCCAAACACUGAGCUCAACGCUCAGUUCCGAGCAAUUGGCGCGGGUGUGAAGUCGUUUCAGCGGUCGCCCUCGGCUCCCCUCCCCUCCCAAAUGUUGGAAUUGUCAAUCAGCAGAUGUCUUCCACCCCCUCCGGGAUUCGAUCUCCAAGCAGAGACCCCGCCUCGUAGUCACCAGUUGGGGUCAUUUUCGAGCGGCGCCUGAGCUAACGGAGAAGUGACCCAGCCGGACUGACAGAGGAACCGGAGACCGGCAGCGAGCAGCCUGGCCAUGUCCAAGUGCAAAGCCGACCGAAGUUAUACGACUGCAGCCAUCGUGCGGAUUCCGGACAACGGGAAUGCCUGCGACUCGGAGCCCGAGGCUGGAGAUGAAGGUCCUAGAGGACGAGAAGCCCCGCGGGGGAGACCAAUGCUGGUCUUCUUGGAUAUGAUCUGCAUCGUUCUGGCCUCCCUGCCAUUCUUCAUGGUGGAGUUCAAUGCGGUUAAGCCAUAUAAUCGUGGGUUCUACUGCAACGAUACGAGUAUCAACUACCCGCUGAAGGAAUAUGAAACAAUCUCCGACCCUGUUCUGUGCACCGUGGGCAUUUUAGUCACUGUCAUUGCAAUAGCUAUCAGUGAAAGUUACAGGGUCCGAUUCUUGAAGGAGAAAACAAAGUCUUUCGUCUCGAAUCCCUACGUGUCUGUGAUAUACAAGCAGGUCGGCUGUUUCCUCUUUGGCUGUGCCAUUAGCCAGUCCCUCACUGAUCUGGCAAAGGUUGCUGUCGGCAGGUUGAGACCCAACUUCCUGUAUGUCUGCAAGCCGGACUUCUCAAAAAUUGACUGUACCAAGGGAUACAUUGAGGAUUACGUCUGCAAUGGGACAGCCUCGGCAGUCACAGAGGGCAGGAAGUCGUUUUACUCUGGCCACGCCUCCUUUGCCAUGUACACCCUUCUCUACCUGGCGUUUUACCUGGAGGCUCGAUUUACCUGGAAAGGAGCGAGGUUGCUAAGACCACUCCUACAGGCUCUCCUGAUUAUGAUGGCAAUUUACACAGGACUUACCCGCGUGUCAGAUUACAGGCACCACCCGUCCGAUGUCAUUGUGGGGUUCCUGCAGGGAGCCAUAAUUGCCUACUGGAUUGCAUUUCACGUAUCGGACAUGUUUAAGUUGAAGAGAAAGGUGAUAAAGGAAUCGAACGUCAGCUCGGACAAUUCCAUACUGACCAAUCAUACAACGUGUUAGCAUAAUUGAGGUCCAGGAUAUGGAAAAUAUGUUUGUGGCUUGAACAGGCCACCGUACCAGUAUUGGACCAGAAACCAAGCAAGAAGCCAGUGUUCAAAGAACCUUCCGCAGUUUUUUUUAGUCUCCAGGAUAAUCUCCAAUAUGGCCUCACUCUGAUUUUCUUUUCCAACAAGACCUUGAAGCCAUGUUCGCUGGAUGCUCAGCAACUAUUGUACGGAAUUACCCUGGAUUUUCCGUUGCUCCCUGAGGAUUUAUUUCAUUCAGUUUCUCCUACCAUGACCUAUGGAUUUUAGACCUUUAUUAGCAACCUUAAAGUGCCUGACUUCAUAGAUUCUCCAUACACUAUGGAAACUGAACAACUUAAUGCUGUGAGCAACAAUGUAUUCUAUAAAUAACAUAAGUAAUUAAUAUUAUAGAUCACAGUCUGUGUUGAGCCUUUUGUGAGUGUACUCUUAUGACUAAAAACAAAUCUAUAAUUAAGAUAUUACCAUUUAUUCAGUACAUGGAUGAAGAAAAGCUAAUUUCAUUCAAAAUUAAAUACCCACAUUUAUUAUAUCUUUAACUAAUGGUAUCUAAAUCAGGGAUGGAAGUUAGCUUGAUGACAUGUUUUAUUAAUGGGUCCUGUUUUCUCUAGGAGACUGACCAACCAGAACUUGUUUCACUGCUUUUGAAGGUGGGUGGUAUUGGAUUUUCUAUAACUAAGCAAAAUUGAGCCAAACAUUAACCGACUUUGGGCGAUCUCAUGUCAGAACCAUCAUAUUGGCCGGAAAUGCAGUUAAUGUUGAAAGUGACAAGGAUUCUGUUUCUGAUAUCUGCUCACCAGACUGAUUAUAUACAACGUCCUGUGGCAGCUGUUUAGAUAAAACAAAAAUAAAUUGUCCAAAAGGGAAUAAGCCAGGGGAAAAGAGUCAUAAACAGAGAAAUGCUCAUUACUGAAGAGCAGCUAAGAGGGGACUCAGAAAUAAAAUGUUGCAGAUGCUGGAUAUCCGAAUAAAGCUGGACAGGUGGCAUCUGUGGGCAGUUGGUCAAGAGUUGAUGGUUCAAAUUGCUGAUCUGCAGCAAAAAGGAUUAAAGAGGUAAUUCAUUCAAUUACUCUCUCCAGAAGUGAUGAGCUGGACAAAUCAAGUGAAGUAAGUCCCAAAAAAUGCUAGAAAAGGGAAGUGUGACUAUGUUCUGAACAAAGGGUGAUCUUUGAAACACAGAAUGGUGCUUGUCCAAAGGAGCGAGCUUCAUCUGGACUGACCUCGGUGAGUUGUAAUGCAUUGAAAAGAAGCUGAAAGGUUUUAUUAAAAGAUUACAGAUGCUGGAAAUCUGUAACAGAGGUUCUAAAAGCAGGUCAACUGGCACCUGUCGAACGAUAGACAGUCAACGUUUCAGGUUGAGGAGCCUUCCUCAGAGUUCUGGCGAAGGGCUUCGACCUGAAACGCUUAUUCUGUUUCUCCUCCACAGAUGCUGACUGACUUGUUAACUGCUUCCAGAAUUUUCUGUCGAAGAGAAGCUGAUUGAGGCUUGCGGGCAAUGUGACGGGACUUUGUAUUCUGUCUGCCUUUGGGCUGGAUCAUCUGACGGAGAGAAUGUUGGAAGCUAUUGUCAAUAACUCUAAUUUCAGGUAGCUGGUAAUGUACUCAAAAAGAUCUGAUUCAUCUUUACAGUGUUCAUUGCAGUUUAAUUUGAGAUGCAUGUCCAUGACAAUUUUAAUUCUGAUAUUUUAUAUUGACUUUCUUUUUAUUAUGGACACUAAGAAUUCUCAGCUUUUAUGUCAUCCCAGCAAAAUGCCUCUACCAAAAUACAACAGGAGAUCCAUUCUGGUGUCUCUUAAUCGAAGGAGGCAACCUAGAGGAUUAGAACUCAUGGAUUAUUCAGUUGUGAGAGGGGGGGAAUAGUAAUUGAACUGAAAAAUGGUGUGGAGAGCAGAGGAUGCAGUAGUUGCAAGUGACAAUUCCCUUUAAGUUAUCAUUAGACUGAGAGCCCUCAGCAGUUAGUGAACCAGUUCCUGACAGGGGAAAACCACAGGGGACCAUUGUGAUAUCUGAUCUGGAAGGUGCACAACUGGAGAAUUCAUAUUCCACUAUAAUUUAUUCCUUUCAUAUGAAGAAGCUGAUAAAUGCUGUUAAUUGCAAUAAAUGUCUUUUUUUAUCGGUUUAGUAUAAAACUGAGUUCGUGCACACUGGCUCUGUGGAUUUAUUUUAUUCUUGAUCAUGCUGUGUGUGUGUGUGUGUGUGUGUGUGUGUGAUUAUUUUACAGUUUCCAAGAUACUUUUCCCAACCCAAUCCGCUUUGAGAAUAACAGUGUCACAGAGCCUGGCGUCUGGCUUGUUUUACAAAUACUGCUCCCAGUCCACAGCAUCAUUUCAGUCACACUUGGUGCCAGCCUUGAUCUCUGCAAUGCUGUGGAAUUUUUACUGUCCUCUGAAUAAUACUGUAGACUUAUUAUAGAGGGGGAAGGGCAUUACGAAGUACAGUAUUUGUCAUGAUAAACGUUCCUGGGCUUACACUGGUAUUUGGCUGAGGGUUCAGAGUAUUCCAUGCUUCCGAGAACUUUCUAUUCCUGUCUCAGGCCCUCUCAAGGACAAACUGACAUUCACUCAUCUGAUCUGGACUUGGAAGGGAGCCUCACUGAUUCUCUGCAAAAGGAGAAGGGAUGGGAGAAAUCUGUUUCAAUAGAGUAGAAAACUGGAGCUGAAGUUCAAGUUGAAUUGAAAUAUUGUGUUCCCAGUCUUGUUUCCAUUCUCCCCUGCUGUCAAGUCCAUUGUGAUGCUGCCAGAUGAGUGGAGACUCGGCAAUUAAGGGAGAUUUGGGCCAUUUGUAUGCCUCAAUUCAGUAAAGAAAUGGAUUAGUGUACAAGUAAUAUAAAUGGAUGUGAACUCAGUGAGUCAAAGGAUCUGCUCCUAUGAUGCAGGACUCUAAAGAGAGAAAAAUUGCAUUUGGAUUGCACCUUGUAUGAUAUGAUUUCCCAAAAUAUUUCUAAAUCUACAGGAUCACAUUUGAAAUGUGGUCUCUACUUUAUAUACUGAAAA